AUGGCGAACAGCGGUGGGAAUGAUGGUUCGCAAUCGGGAGAAUCGACGGUGACGGAUACAAUUCAAGACGACUGGGCUAGCCGCUAUGGCAUACACGAUCAAAAGCCAGGCCUGUUCACGGACGUCAACAGGUCGUGGCUCUGCCCCAUAUUUCCAAACUUUGGCCCAACUGAGGCACACUCCAUCGCAGCAUUCAUCGGGGAUGGCGACCAAGACUUUGUGAACGCCCCACAAGGCGACGCCGCCGACCAACUCUUUGCGUCCGAGUCUAUUCAAAUGGAGAGAUUCUCCGGCCUACGCACUUGGGAAGUUAUGCUUUUCAAAAACGUCAAGGCUUAUCAAGACGGAAACGAACUCGUAACGCACGGGAACGAAGCUCGGCGGCUUGUCGUCAAUGAAGCCGAAUGGUGUUCGGUCUUUAAAAAGAACCGCUGGAUUGACUACUGUAUGAAGCUUAAAGACUCCGCGAUCGACAAGCCCCGAACCUAUGGCGGCGAGGACGCAAUUUGGUCUGUCGAUAACCCCGCGGUUUGGGAACAACUGUCUCCAGCCAUCGAGCUUGCCAACAGAAUUCUUCACCAAGCAUGUCACGGGUCUUGGCUUUCGUCACUUCUGGAUUCAUCAGCUCAUGAGAGUGCACACGGUUCUCGGUAUGAGGUGAAUUGGGACACCGGAGAGAUCAGUAAAGAGGAAGAAGGAGUAAUAUAUCGAAGGUUUGUCGAGGUCGCCGCCCAUCGUCGCCUCGAUCCUAGAACCACGGCCGCCUUCAUAGAUUCGAUCAGCUACCUGUUUUCUUGGUCAUUCUUCGACGCCCACCGUGAGUUCCCCACGCCCGAACCAUUUCGGGGCCAGACGAUGUGCCUUGUUGACUGCCAGGCUCUGGUGCAAGGAGGAUCUUGCCAGAUGAGCAUAUCCUUGGAUAUAUCCGCUAUCAAGCCCCUGCUCAGCUGGAAUGUGAGCGAGGAGGAGAGAUCAAUGAUUCAGCAUACCUACUUUGGAGAUGAGUUUGUAGCCGACCAUCGUGCAUCCUUCUCAAAAUCAGUCUUUGGUGGGAAGCUUGAGUUUCCGCUCUAUCGCGGUGGAGGUCUCAGCAAGACCGGGUACGUGAUGCCCAUAGCGGCUCGAGAGUUCCCGACACAUGCGGAGGCGCUUCAGCAACUAUUUGCUAUUGGCGAGCUUACAGGACCUCUUGGUCUGGCGUUUCAUCCGAGAGCACGUUAUCGGCAUUUGUCCUGGCCGAUACCAAGCUUGUGGCAGAUUUCGAUGAUGAACGAGGAUUUCUGGACGAUUAGCUGCGCAAAGCUCGGGCUUCAGGGGCUUCAGCUUCCCAAGCACUUUCUCUGCGAGAGCAUGUUCCACCCUGCCUGGAGCAUGACAGGGUGCCGAGCCGGCCAGGCAUCCUGGAAUAUGGACAGCGAGCUCGAGGCUUCCAGUGCCAUCAACGCGGCACGAAGGCUGGGCCUGUUCUCGCCAGCCCGCAUCGCCCUGCCGAGUGAUUCGCUACUUGACGAAGCACAAGCGAGCCUGGGUCUAUAUCGAGCUCAAGAUCUCUCCCUCCCAAACAUCGUGAGGCUUCUGGAACUACAAAUUCAGCAGCUCCGCCAUUUCAUUGAGGACUUGACGCCAUUACAUAUCCUGGCAGACAAGAACUUGACGGGAGAAACGCAAGCUGUUGAUGUGGCGGGAAGGUGGCUGGAUCUGUUCUUCAGAAUCCCCAAGUAUCAUGAUCAAAACCAGGCUCGAAUGGCGCGAGCUCGCCCGCAACGCCCGUCAAAGUACACGUUGAAUAUGGACCGCCGGUAUUUUGAACGACGCUCCAUAAAUCAAGUACCGGACCUCGCGCCUUUGCUUCCAGACCCACCGAUUCCUGUGGACCCCAGCACCGCCAUCUGGACCGUCGGUCAAGUAGCGGACCAAUUUCGCCGAGGGGAGUUUUGGGCGCUUCUCCUCGAGGAAAGCCGAUACAAGGUGUACGAUAUCACAGGCAAGCGCUCUGCCAAAGCGGUCCAUAUGGGCUAUCUGCUACAAGAAUUCAAACUUGAGGAGGUGGGUGAAGCUCGAACAGACGAACACGCCUGGAUCUGUAUUGGAGAGGACGUAUACGACAUCACCGACGCCAUUAGAACACUGGGGGACCUUGGUCCUCUUCUCACCAAGGCCCGCGGUCGCAACCUAGCUACGGUUCUCCACGAGUGGCAGGGUGAUGACGUGGACCUCUUGGAGGUGAAGGCGAGAUUGAGCGACUAUAGGAUAGGCAGGAACAAGGUGCUUGAUAUGACACUGCGGACGCAUCUGCUCGGGAGCCUCGCCAGCCUCCGCACCCAAGUCGAUGUCACUGGCUUGAUCAAAGCUGGCAACAAGGAGGCCAUGAUGUUGGCGAGGUACCCUGAGCUCAUCAUUGCAAAGGUGCAAUUGAGCCAGCUGCUGCCGGUUACCUCGUUGGGCAUGCCCACCCUCGCGAGCCUGACCGACGAGGACCUAGAUGAGGUUUUGCCGGCGGUACAUGGUUCAGAUCGCAGGACGUGCAGGGCCUAUGUAAUUCGACCGAUGCAUGAAGAGGGAUGGAUUGCGGUUGGAGCCGUGGUUUACAAUGCUACGAGCGACUUUAGCAAGACUCACGACCUGCUCGCGCACCUCGGGCGCUCGACAGGUCCGAUUCGAGCCCGGGCCCCCGAUCUGCCCGUGUUUACGCCCGAGAAGCUCCAGCAGGCGCUCAGGCGUGGGCACCGCCACAAAGACCUCGACAACCACCAAUGGAUCCAGCACGCGCUUCAGCGCGCGCACCUGCGCGACCGGAGAAUCUACUACCGCGAGCUUCAGGAGCAGCAUAAUCUGGCGCUGGAUGUUUGGAAUCAAAAGACGACGCGGAAGACUAGGCGCGUGAAGCUGCCCGUCGUGGAGCUCAAGGAGCCCGACAGGUUGCUCCCGCUUCCGCACGGCCGCAAGAGGCUACGAAGGCCCGACGUAGAGGAGAGGCGCGAGCCGGCUCCCAAGCGCCGGGCCCUCCCGGAGAGCUGGCCGCAUAGCACGUACUCGAUGUUUAUGCCGUCCACGUGGGACGAAGAGCAGCGCCAGAUGGCCAAGCAGCAGGCCAGCCGAACGGUGCAGGCCAGAGCGGCGGGGCAACGGCGCCCCUCGCCGGAACCAAAUAUGACGGAGGCGGAUGAGAGGUUGCUGGAGCAGGUGCGACCGCUGCUGGACUACUUUGAUGCCGGGGUAGGGCAUGUGACGGCCAGCGUGAUGGGUAUUCCUCUAGCGAAGAUGAGUGUAUGA